GACAGCCGUAAGUCAAAGACGAUUGUUUAUCCAAGGUUUAUUCGUCACCCUGUAUACAGUAAAAUUGUACAGCGACUAGCAGAAAGCGGUAUAUGUAGCCGAAAGGCGAAAAUCCGAUUUGUAAAGACUGGGAAAAUUUUUGUUUGCCCGAGAUGUGGGCCCGUGCCCGUGUCAUUAUUUACGCACUUUAUUUUCUGGUUAUUCAAGUGAAGCUUAUUAAUUCGCGAACAUCCUGGCGACUUAAUGCUGCAGACAAGGUCGUCAAAGCUUCCGAGGUCUCUGCAACCGAGGAUCAAGACCCAAUUUUUGACAUUUUGGCAAGUACCAUUAACCUAGGGAAUGGUCAAGGAUGGAGCAAAACUGACUCCGAAGAUAAAAAUCAGAAGCUAGACAUAUUUUGCAAUGAUUGCAAAAACUUUAUCGGUGGAAGCUAUGAUCGACGGCUAUCGUCAUUUGCUUUGAUGGAUACACCAAAUGUGACCGAAACUUUUCCUCCAACAUCUCGAACCUCGGCAGAAAAGUUCACUUGCAAUUUGGUCCAGCGAUGUGAAGAGGGAAUCUUGGACUGUGGAAAACCUGUUAAUUUCACAUAUUAUGACAAUCUUGUUGGGGUUAUUAACAGAAAUAAGCAUCCUCUUGUGCCAGAACCCAAUGUUGCCCUAAUGUUCAGAAAGAAAGGUGCCAAAGUUACGGACAUCGACAUAGAUUUGCUUGAAAAACGAUUAAAAAAAGCUAAAAGAGAGAAACCAAAGUCUGUUCAACUCUACAAUCAAAUUGGUAAUUUUUGGCGUAUAAAGGGCAACGCACAACGCUCCAUAGAAUGCUUUAGACGGGCGUUAGCUGUUUACCCACACAAUGCUGAGGUAUUGUUGAAUUUGGCAAGAGUUUUAUUAGCUCUGCAAUAUCUUGACGAUGCUACCUACCUGGCGAGACGUUCGCUAGAGCUCCAACCACCUGAUCGUAAUGCAUGGGAACAGUAUCUCACCCUUGGCCAGAUAUUCAAGGCUUACGGUCACUUCCAAGAGGCAGCUGUACAUCUGCGACAUGCUUUGGAGUUGAAACCAGAUUUGAUGGAUGCGGCAGAAGCUUUAAAGGAAGUGGAAUCGUUGCCAGCAGCAAGUGUACAUGCUUACACGCUCCUAAUAAUUGUAUGCCUGGUUUUAGGAGUACUUUUGGUUGUUCUAAGUAGCGUUGAGUGUGAUGAAGAAUCCAGUCUAGCAUCAGAACAGCCUCAGAGAUCUGCGCGUCAUUUUAACAGGGCGCUAGCUAUGCGUAGUUUACGCCUCGGAGUAUCGAGGAAUAAACGUUGCGGAUAAUUUUUUGAAGUGUUGUGACUAUUAUGGUAAAACACCUUAUUGGUAGCCAUAAUAAUAUUAAUAAUAAUUUAACUCCCUAUUGAGUCUUCUUUUUAACAUUAUUUGUAUUGAUUACUUCGAUAACGUAUCAACUAUGCAGUUUAUUAUUAUUACUAUAUUGACAGACAUAAAUAUAUAUAAUGUAAUAGAAUAUAACAACAUUUCUAUUUUGCUACAGUGCUUCACGCCGUAAAUUGGACCCAACAUUAACUUGUCGGUACACAUAAAUAUAUUAUAUGUAUGAUAAUAGACCAUCUUGCGACGCACAGACUGUAUAGUUUUUACUCUUUGUCUCUUUGAAGUAAAUAUAUACCAUGGAAUGGAACUCAUCAA